AUGGGUCGGCUCGACCGGAGUGAUACCACGGCCUCACAGAAAACCAGCGUGAAACAAUCACAGCGUUGUGUUUCGCCGUAACUUGAAGAGACGGGACUGUGUAGUCAACUGUUUUAUGUGAUAGGACGGCAGACGAGCAGACGUAUUACAUACCUGAUGGUUGGCAAACCCGCAGACGGAUUACCAGAUGGUAAGCAAUCAGCGCCGCCCAUGGAUACCGGCAACAACAGCGGACCAACAACAGCCAUUUGGGGAUUAGGAAGGAUUGCGCCUCCGGUCACAAUGAAGACCCGUACAGUGGUAUUGGUGAUAAUCCUAGGGUGUGGAGCGGCGGCCAUCUUGUUCGCUGUCGCAGCCUACCUGUACAUACGGAGGAGGAGGAAAAAGAGAGAGGAUGAGGAGGACGGCACUAGCUGUGCCAUCAGCGGAAAAUCAUCAAUUGACUUCUGUAAGUAUCGGAUUCUUACUGACUUAAAAUACCUCGUUCCUUCUCCUGCUAUAGGCCGAGGUUGGGGUUCCUCAUUGCGUACCCCGCAACCCCGGCUGAACAGCAGCCCUAUAACAGAGCAAGAGAAACUGGCCACUCAACCAGAAUCAGACCUGAGAGUAUGGCUCGUAGCGUACGCAAAAGAACCAAUAGACCACCACAAACACGAUCCUACAAGAAAGACUGCAGCCGGCAAACUGUUCCAAUCCCUCGAUGUACGCGGUAUAAAUGACGAGGCAAAACGCUUAGUCCGGGCCGCAGGCCCGAGCGUACGGCGCGUAGCGUUCCGCGCGCGCCUCAAAGAGCCAAUAGACCACCACAGACGGGGCCCUAAAGGGCUGAUGUUCAGCCGGGGUUGCGGGGUAAGCGCAAUGAGGUACCGCGACCUCGGCACAGAGCAGGAGAAGGAACAGGGGGGUUUUUAGAUAGUUACGUGUACGAAAACAGGAACACAUCGACUUCGACAACACCCUAAAUCAUCAAAAGCUGAUCCGCCACACCCACAACGUGCACCAGAUCAAGGCAACAACCAGCCAUCUACAUGGAACGCCAUCUACAGCCAGCCGAACCAACUACUGAAGCCUCCCAGGAAGCAGCCGGAGAACCAGGACGCAGCCAAGGAUGACUCCAUAGAACUAUAUCAAAUGGAGUUGCCUGUUCCUCGGAGAGGGCAGAAUGUUCACACAUGA